ACAUUGAAUGGGUUGCAGGUGAAGCGGCCAUCGGAUUCUAUGCGGUUGGAGAUUAUUUUAAUCCUUCUUAUAUGUGGUGCAAAUUCAUGUUUCCCAUGAAGAAGCCAGCCGGAGGAAUGUAUCCUUAUUAUGAUUACUGCAACGUUCGAGAUUUAACAGCAGGAGCACCGGCACUUGUUGGUCAGAAAUCCAUGGAAUUUUACUGCUACGACAAAUACUAUCCUUUGGACACGUAUGACACGUUUGUAACUGCGUAUAUGUUGCCCAGCGCAUACUAUCGAACCGGAAUUGCAGCAACUGCAAACAUUUUUGUCUCCACCACUAGGGAGUCUUACAAAUGUUGCCGGUUACCGCAAGGAUACCACGUGGAUUAUUCUCGCUGCAUGUACAAAUACAGUCAUGACAAAUAUGGAGAGCAUUAUGACGAAAAUCAGAUGUUUUUAAUGAAAUGCGAAAAAGACCACGUUAUGACAGGCAUUGGAAAAGCGGAGGGCCCAUGGGAUUCGUACACGCAUCUUGUUUGGAUACAGUGUUGUCCAUUGUUUUACAACACGGAUUACGUUCCUUUGUACGCAACCGCCAACCUUACCCUGCACGAGGCUGCUGGACUGCAUCCGUAUAAGCCGUAUUCGAAGCCGAAAUACUGAUUCAAUUACAGGGCGCACUGCAGGAAC